AUGGAAGAUCCCAUUCGUCCAGAGAAUCUUCGUAAUGGCUCGGAGGAGUCAACAGUAUCGGAUGACUAUGUCAUGAGCCUGAGAGACCAAAUUGACAAUGAUCAGGAUUACGACAGCGAGGGCAAUGUAGAAUACACUCCUGGGAGUAGCAUUCAGGAUGGUGUAACGCCGUUGACAGACUUAUCGUCGCCUAUAUGGCCGAGCUACCUGCAAUCACGGCAACGGGGUGGUGGAGAAGCACAAGACUCUCUCGGCGCCUCGUACGGUGACCUCUCCAGCCCGAAACCCUCUCGACCUGGAGGUCCAGCAAGACAAAUUUCCAGCACCUACCAGCCAAAUCGAAAGCCCAUGCAGAAAUCACCAUACAUGGUGGCGAAUACUGGCGUUCGACAUCGAUCAUAUUCCAAUUCUAGAGAUCAUCGAGUAAAGCGGGAUCCUAAUGCUCAAUACCAGGCCCAGGAGAAGCCAUAUAUCCGAUACCUCAGACAAGAUCCUUAUCAAGACUAUUUCAGUCGAGAACCCUAUACUCCAAGCGUCGAUCCUAGCAAUGACUCUGACCUUGAAGCCGCGUCGCCCACUUCAGACGUUCAGAUCGACGCAGAUAACUACGACCAAGACACACAGCUGUUCUACCAGAUAGAUAAAGAUCAGCCAUCGGUAGAGGAGAUACAAGUACCGGAAAAUCGGGAGCGGCUUGAGUGGCAUAGUAUGCUAGCAUCCGUGCUCAGGGGUGACGUCGUUCAGCAAGAGAAGCAGCGGUUGAUAGGCUCAGUAGAGCAGAAGAGCGAGAAGGCUUUGAUCAAUGAAUUAUGGCUGGGUAUUAGAGCUAAGACAUGUGGGAGGACUUUGCCUGCACAGCGACGAUCCGUGGAAGAAGGUCGUGCAAACAUAAUACCCGAGAUUGAGGCGAUUAUCGGGUUCUCGGUCAAAGGAGAGAUGGAGGUCGGUAAGCCUGCAGCAGAACAAGUCUUGGGCAUCGUGCAAAAGAUUGAAAAAUGUGAGAGCCUAUUUCCGACAAGACAGGCUCUCGGUCAAGCGGUGGAGCGUGCAGCGUCACCUGCAUUUAAUGAAAGCUCAGAGGCUGUCGUCUCCUGGUACAACAUCACACAGCUGAUCAAUACACAGCUCUCAAUCUUGAGAAGUUGGGUCGGCAAUGAAGAGCUCGAUUUCACGAAAGUCAAUACCCCCAAAAAUGGUGCCGCUCUUCGAGAUGAUUCAAGCUUUCUGGAUCGCCUAAACAAAGACGAUUCGUUGACCUCGCUGCAAGGUGACGAAAAGGGAAAUCAUAGCAUGCUGAAACCUGUUGCUGAAACGAUUACCAAGGCUAAGACUACCUUGAUUGGGAACGCUGAGCAAUUCGCCAAACGGCAUCUGCCGCCCUACAUGGAAGAGCUAUUGACGUUGAUCAAUUAUCCCUCUCGGCUCAUACAAGAGAUCAUUCGUAUGCGACUACAGUACGUUGUCAAGAUGAAAGACCCAGGCUCCCUAGAACCUAUGAUGCAGGCACAAAUGAUCUCCCAAUUCCGCAUUUUGUUGAAGCUGGCGGUCAGAAUCAAGCAAGACUACACGGUCAUCGCUCAGCCAGAGCCGGGCUGGGAGUUGCCUCCAUGCAUCGACGAGAACUUUGACUUAGUCGUUCUGGAUGCGCUCAAGUUUUACUUCAAAAUGCUCAAUGGUAAACUUGUGGGCAAUAGAAAUACUUUUAAGGAAGCCGAAAUUCUUGAGCAAGAGUGGGAAUUCUCUAACGACAUUGGGCACUAUCUUGAUGACUUACAACGCACUUUCGAGAAAGAACUGAUUCGAAAACCUGAGCAAAACGCUUCUGACAUGAACAAACGUCAUAAACAGAUGUUGGACUCAGUGCGGGUUAGACAACGUAAACUUUUCCGGUUCUCAAGACUGCUAAGCCAGCGCUUCGAGAACGCUACAGAGUUUAACAUUAGUCUCGAGCACCACCGAGUGCAAGCACUGUAUGACGCACUCAUCGACUCCCAUCAUUUUCUGAUUGAGUGUCCAAACCUGCAGGAGGAUGGAGUUUACUUGAUUGCGUGCUCGUCACUAUACGGCAAUUUCAGGGUUAUACAAGCAAUACUAGGGACGUCUUAUCAUUCCAGUGAUUACGUCGUCGAAGAUCCUCACAACCCAUACGUAUUAGUACUUCGACCUGAGCAGCCUCUUCACUGGGAUGGAAAGAAAAUGGAAGUACCAACCCGAGCUCCUUCUACUGAUAUUCGUCCUGGCCGCCUUCGCCUAGUAGCUGAUGGCUCACUUCAAAGACUGCAAAACGCUAGGUCUCUUUUCUUACAGUCUACGGGUGUUGAUCUUCCAAUCCUCACGGAGAUGCGAGCAAAUCUUUCGAGAGUAAAUUUAGAGCUUGGUAAGAUUAAGAAGACCGCCUACAAACUCUCGAACACAAUCAUGGAGAGCGUAGAGAUCAUACAAAAGCAAACAAAAGGCCUCGAAAACCAGGAGCUUAUCCAGACUUGCUUCGCGUUUGCUACCGAAUUUGGGAAACGCUCAGUCACUUAUAUGGACGCGAACCGCCGCAUGAUGAACAACAUGAAGCUGACGAAGCUGGCUCUUGACUGGGUGACUUUCAUAUGCGAUGAUUGCAUAGCAUCAGACCGAAAAACUUUCAGAUGGGCUGUCACCGCUCUGGAAUUUGGCAUGAUAAUGACGCAAGGGCCCAAUAUCCUUAACAUCACAGAUGAGGAAUUUACCCUAUUACGCACAAAAGUUGCUGGGUGCAUGUCGCUAUUGAUUUCGCACUUCGACAUAAUGGGCGCAAAAUCGACGUUGGCUGCUCAGGUUGAAAAGCAAAGGGUCGAGGCUUUGGCGAGCCAGCUCAAAAAGAUGGAUAUUAGCAAGAUGAAGGAUGAUGCUGAGGCUACGAGUCUCAUAAGAGAACAAUGGAUGACGCACCUCAAUGAAAUCGAGGAGACGAGAAAGCAAAAGAUAACAGAACGACAAGCCCUCGGUAGAGUUAUGGAAGACACUAACGACGCUGAUCGAUCGUUGACAUAUUUAUCAUCUUCCGCCACGAACGUGACAAUGCGAUGGCAACUUGGUCAGUUCGUCGGUGGAGGCACGUUUGGAUCCGUAUAUGCUGCUUUCAAUAUCGACUCGGGAUCACUGAUGGCCGUUAAGGAGAUCAGGCUACAAGAUCCGCAAUUGAUACCAACUGUUGCCGGUCAGAUUCGUGACGAACAGCGUGUGCUCGAGGUCCUGGACCAUCCCAACAUUGUUGCAUACUAUGGCAUAGAGGUGCAUCGGGAUAAAGUUUAUAUCUUCAUGGAAUAUUGUUCUGGUGGGUCCCUUGCGGGUCUACUUGAGCAUGGAAGAAUCGAAGAUGAAACGGUCAUUCAGGUAUAUGCGUUGCAGAUGCUAGAGGGUCUCGCCUACCUGCACCAGAAUGGUAUCACACAUCGGGACAUCAAACCUGAGAACAUUCUUCUCGACCACAACGGGGUCAUCAAAUUUGUCGAUUUCGGUGCCGCCAAGGUCAUUGCUCGUACUAACAAGACUCUGCAACCGGAGGUGGCACCCAUCGUUGGGGGACCUGCCGCCAAAGCGCCAGCUAAGCAAAAAUCUAUGACGGGUACGCCAAUGUAUAUGUCUCCUGAGGUCAUCAAAGGUAUCAGCGAAGGCACAAGCGGAGGCCGAUUAGGCUCCACGGAUAUGUGGUCGCUUGGCUGUGUGGUUCUGGAAAUGGCGACCGGCAGAAGGCCAUGGGCGAGCCUCGACAACGAGUGGGCAAUCAUGUACAACAUUGCGCAAGGCAACGCACCACAGCUCCCUUCGAGGGAACAGCUUUCACAGAGUGGAAUUGAUUUGCUAAACCGAAGCUUUGUGCGGGACCCAAACAAAAGAGCGACUGCAGCAGAGCUACUUCAAUGUCCAUGGAUCCAGACGAUCAAGGAGCAGGUUGUACCGAUGGAGGAAAGCUCGCCAACAGAUCGGAGCAGCAGCAACGCGAGCACACUCUCAUCGAGGCAAAAUUCGAGCCUCAGCAAUGGAGCCAAAACUGGUAUCAUCGUUGGCGUUGUCCUUGCCGUGGUCUUCUUGCUUGGACUCUUGCUCGGCAUAUGCUGCUGUCUGAUGCGACGCAAACGCCGUCGUAACAGGGCCAUCACUCCAGUACAGCAUGAAGAGGUCAAGCAGCAGCACACGACACCUCUUAUAGCUGCUGGGGGAAUCCCACACGGCAGACCUAGCCAGGCACCCAGUCUGUCGCAACAUCCGGCAAUGCGCUCUUCCACAGAGAACCCGUUCUCCGAUAAUGCUGCUCGCACGAGCGAGUCUCCCCAUAGCUCGCAUCAUGGAAAUGCUGCUGGUCUAGCAGGGGCUACUGUGGCGGGGGCAGCCGCUGGCUAUGGGCUCCAUCACCACCGGAAAUCUGGCGAGAAGCAUCCACUUGCCCAUGCGUCCCACCCCCAUGAUGCUGGGUAUGACCAUGGACCUGGUCAGACUGCACCUCCUGGUUAUAGCUCACAUCAUCAUCAACAACAUGCCGGCCAUCCUCAUGCAGCAGCACCCAGCGCAUUGCCUGUUUAUAGCACCGAUCACCACACGCCUGACGUGGCUGGAACGCAUGGCUUGAGCUCUCAUGCUCAGAGAAAGCCUGUCCACGGUAACUCUAUCUCAAAUCCCGUAACUACUCAAGGCACUGGGCAUGGGCACGGGCACGGGCACGGUGCUGAGCUGGUUGGUGCAAGUGCCGCUGGAGCAGCAGCAGGCUACGCCAUGCAUCAUCACCAAAAAUCAGGAGAAACCCAUCCCGUUCCGAGUACACCACACCAAAGAGAUAGAAGUCAUAGUCGCGGCUCUGGUACAAUACAUCCGACGGAUAUUGGCCCAGCUAGCUAUGGUAGGCCAACUUCAAACUCAUUCCGCGAAGGCGGUCCGUUCACAACAUCGUCAACUCCACCUAUUCCACGUUAUCGGAACGAUGUGGGAGGAACGCCCCCGUCAGCUGGAGGCUCUGGUCGCCACAAUCAUGACGAAUAUGGCGAACCUCCCCUGUAUCCAAAUGCGAAUUCUACUCAAUCUACACCACGUGGGCAUCAAGGUGGUCUGAUGGGAGCAACGGCGGCUGGAGCUGUCUCCGGUCACGGUCUGCAUCAUCAUGGUCAUCAUUCUGACCAUCAUCCUCACCUAUCGAAUACUUCCCCCAGCCAACCCACGCAUUACGGGCAGGCUCCAGGCAUAGUUGGAACCAUGGCAGGCGGAGUAGCACCCGAACGUAGUAGUCACCACGGCCCAAUUUCUGGUGCGCAUCAGCCUGCGUCAAAUGUGUCUGCAAACCCACCACCGACGCAUCAAGGACACGGAUCUGGGGUAGCCGGACCAGCAGUAGCUGCAGCAUCUGCUAGCCACAGCAUGCACCAUCACGACCCAAUUGAUGAGCCUCAUCGGACCUCGAAAUAUGAUAGCUCCAUCCAUGCUACGCCUUCUGGCUACCAUACUGGCACUACAGGAGCGCUUGCUGACGAAGGGACUGGCGGUUCUGAUCCUAGGGGUUAUCGUGGAUCUGGAGAACACCAUCCAAUGUCAAAUGCAACCCACGCGCAAAACUUGUAUCAUGGGCUCCCCCGAGCCUUGCUUCUAGAACAGCCCGCCAUAGCGUGCCGAGAGAUUCUGUUGCAGAACAGUCGCCAAUAUCAAACACAGCUCAGUCGCAGCAGCGACAGGCCUCCUACGCCCUUUGGACUAGGCGCAAUGGGUCAACCAUAUGACGACAAACACGCGAACAUUGAAACUGAAUCACCGACCCAGCAGCAGCGACACUCGUUACACAGACACGAGGAGCCUCUGGUUGGGUAUACAAAUGAGGAGCCAAAUUACGAGGUUGGCCGUCGCAGCAGAGGCUUUGAAACCCCUCCAGAAGUCCCCUCCAGAUCGCCAAACCGUGGCGGUAUGCGGAAUAGUGGCCUCCCUCCCAGCGAGAGCUACGAAUCUAGCAUUAGCAAUAAUACGACAUCAAGCAACAGUGGCGAGACGUAUGCGCCAGGCGUGGAUCCCUACAAGCCAGCGACUCCUAAUCGCUACUCUGUACCACCAUGGGAACAACACCAAUUACGAUACAGUUCUGGAGAAACACCUCCACAUUCCGCCGGCAUUCGGCCACCAGCGCCACCGUGGGAGUCUCAUGAUUCUGCUCAUCAACGUCGCCAUUCGCCAAGAGCCAGCAUAGAUGCUACUGGGAGGAGACAUAGUCGAAGUCCUGCUACAAGUAUCAAUGGAAAACCUAGGCGGCUACGAUUUGAGGACCUGCAGGUCGAUGGAGGGAAUGCACCCCAUCAUCAUGAGGAUCAGCACAUCCCGGGAAGUUAUGACAACGGCUACGAUACAGGAGUUGGUCAGGCUCUAUGA